UGGUGGCCGUGUCUCGGCAGCUCGAUCUGUCGGUAUAUAAAGGAGAGCGACGACUGAGAGCAGACGGCUGGCGGCGGCGGCCCCAUCUAACCCAUACCGGAGCGGCCACCGCGCGGCUAGUAACACUCAUCCCAGCAGGAUUAAUACCCCGAGGAUUUUAUCACCCUCCCUGUGUCCUUAAUACCCCCUAGUUGUACCCAGAUACCCCAAUAAUACCCCCCAGUGCUGCAGCCACCACCAAUCCUUUUUCUAUUUAUUGGAUCUUCCCCCUAUAACCCCUUGGUAUUUGCCCCUGUGGGGUAUCUGCUGUUUUUAUUGUCUGCCCGCCUUUUUUAACCGUUUUCCCCCCCGGGCAGCUGUUUUUAUUCCCGUGUACAGUGCUACAGACUCCCCUCCUUGGGUGCUGGGUUCCAGGGCAGUGGGUGCCCUCUCUGAGGCAGGGAGAGGGGAUAUUUAGGGCCAAGUUAACUGUUUGGAAAUGGCGAACUCGGCUAACGCAAACCCCGUGCCUAAACUUUACAGGACUGUAAUUGAAGAUGUCAUUAAUGAUGUACGAGAACUUUUUCUGGAUGAAGGUGUUGAUGAACAAGUCCUUAUGGAACUUAAAACGCUGUGGGAGAACAAGCUGAUGCAGUCUAAAGCAGUAGACGGGUUUCACUCUGAGGAGCAGCAGCUUUUGCUGCAGUCACAACAACAUCCCCAGCAACAUCACGUCCAGCAACAGCAUGUCCAGCAACAGCACCCAGCGCCGCACCAUACACAGACCCAGCAAGUCCUCAUACCAGCUGCACACCAAGCCCAUCAGCAACAGGUCCUUGUACAAGACCCCAAGUUGAUUCAGCACAUGACUGCACAAGGAAUGAGUGCUGCAGCCACAGCGGCCACCCUAGCACUCCCUGCAGGUGUCACUCCAGUCCAGCAAUUACUCACAAAUUCAGGUCAGCUCUUGCAAGUGGUCCGAGCAGCUAAUGGAGCCCAGUACAUUAUCCAGCCCCAGGGGCACAUGGUUUUGCAGCAGCAAGUCAUUAAUCAGAUGCAGCCGGGAGGGGUACAGGCUCCAGUGAUACAGCAGGUUUUGGCCCCAAUGCCUGGAGGCCUCUCUCAGCAAACUGGUGUGAUUAUCCAACCCCAACAGAUCCUGUUCACAGGGAACAAGGCACAGGUCAUCCCUACAACCAUGUCUGCCGCUCAGGCCCAGGCACAGGGGCAAAUGACUAUGGCAAGUCAGCAACAGCAGCAGCAACAGGGGCAGCAUCAGGCGCCACUUGUUCUGCAGGUCGAUGGGGCAGGAGACACCUCUUCUGAGGAGGAUGAAGAGGAGGAUGAAGAUUAUGAUGAUGACGAGGAAGAGGACAAAGAAAAGGAAGGGGAGGAUGGCCAAGUGGAAGAGGAACCUCUGAACAGUGAGGAUGAUGUGAGUGAUGAGGAGGGACAGGAGCUGUUUGACACAGAAAAUGUUGUGGUGUGCCAGUAUGACAAGAUCCACAGAAGUAAAAACAAAUGGAAAUUUCAUCUCAAAGAUGGAAUCAUGAAUCUGAAUGGAAGGGAUUUUGUUUUCUCCAAAGCCAUUGGGGAUGCGGAGUGGUGAGAACCCCAGCUCCUAUUGCCACCCACUUUGCCUCGUUAGACAUUGAGUGCAUUAGUGGAAUGAACAUAAGAGGAUGACUUACAGGACACAGUGACACUCAUAAAAGCAAUGGCGAGAACAUGCAUAAGUGCCCCCCUCUUACAUUCAACCUAUGCUGGCGCAUCUGGAAGUCACUGACACUGACCCAAAAAUGCCACCAACCGGACCUGUCAACUGACAUUUGUCAACCAAUCACAGUAGUAGGCUACAGAGGUUUUUGGUUUUUAAGUUGGCCUGUAGCUGUUCUAAAUGAAACAAUUGCAAAUGAUCUUUCUCAAACAAAUUGCAAAUAGGGCAUUUAGCAGCCUUGCUUUGAAGAUUGUAGACCUAAGUUCAUAUCCACUAUACUAGUUGUGUGUUUUUUUUAUUUAUUUUUUUAUGUGCUUUUGAAUCCUUUUUGCUUACUUGCUCAUCGAGUGUUAAGCAUUUUUAAUUAAAAAAUAUUUAUUGUGAGUUAUCAGCCAUAUAAGAUGGAGAUAUAUAUACACACAUUCAUAUUCUCAGAACUUAGCAGGUUCUUUUUGAUUUUGACUGAAGCUAUAUGUGCCACAGGUUUCCAGCCUUUAAAGAGGUUACGUAUUAUCCAAGACAGUUACCUCAUGGGUGUCAGAAAACUAGUGUUGGUACAGGUAGGGCGGCAAUGCCCUGCAAUCAUUUAACGGUAAAAUAAGUUGUGAUCUGUACCAGGCAACAUCAAUAGAGGCUAGUGUUACACGCGAUAUGGAAAUUUACCCUUUUGUGGAACGUUGAAAUCGAGCCUUUUUUUAUGGAUAACCACCCUCCCCUGUUUCUUGUAUUUAUCUUUUUUGUUUUGAGCUUUGCAACAAAUUUCCAAUCUAAUUUUAAACUUUUUAUGAUUUAUAUUUCAAAGCUUUUUUUAGCACUGACCAAAAUACUUGUUUCUUCUAAAUGCAUUGUCUCUGCACUUGUACGAAAACUCCCUACUGCAAAUCCCACAAGCUCUGUUUUUAUGGAUUGUGUUUUAACCCCCAGCUUAAUCUACAAUCAGUGGAAUUCAAGUGCAAUAUAAACGGUAUAUUUCCUGCUCACUGUGGCUGCCCACUUGCUAUUGCAGUCUUGGAUUAUCUGCUUUAAAGUGCUGUUUUUUUGUUUUUAAUUAUCCCAAAUUUGCCCAUGUGGAUCAUACACUGUUGAAAAACACUGUGCCCAUUUGCAGUGAUGGCUGCCUUUCUCCUGUAGUGCAUUACAACCCUAGUGAGCUUCACCUAUGAUGACGCUUGUGUGAGGUCCACAACUUUAAUGAGGAGUGCUCAAACCUGCCUUCUGACUAGUGCCUAAUAAUAUGCAAGUGACUCAUUGGAAGCAAGUGGCGAUUGGCUGCAUGACAUUGUUCAUCGUCUCCCCUGUUCACUGCUCAGUUUUCAGAAGCAGUGACCCUCAGUUUACGGGGGCUAAUACUGUCGAUUUUAUCAAGGCGGGGAGACACCUUUUUAUAUACUGCUUGGCGGUUACGACACUCUUCUGUACAGGAUACUUGGAAGGCAGUUAGAGUUGUGAAAAACAAUGCCACUGUGCUGCAAAAUGGGACCAAAGGUGCAUCUCUUACUGUGCCUUACCUAGGUAGGUUUCCAACAGCUGCAUAGCGCCUAGUGAAUCCUGCCAUAUAACUGUUAAGGACAUAGCGCUCAGAACAUUGAACUUCUUCUAUCACAAGUAAGAAACUCUGCUCCUGACUUUCAUGGUACAGGGUGAAGCUUUCUUGUAUCUCGCAGCUCUAGUAUUUGCCCCAUUGAUACCCAAAGACUUUCUUUGCAGUUUGUUGUAUUUUAUAUAUUUUUCUUUUUUUUUUUUUCUUUUUUUUUUUUUAAAUUUUAGAAAUCCUGUCUGGGAGAGAGAAUAGAGCAGCUUUAAUUUUGUUAAAUGUGAAAGACUUUCUGCUGCUCUUGUGUGAAUCAGGGUGUUCCUAGAUUUGUUUUUAUAUGGGAUUGAGGGAACUUUGAGCUACUAUUGUCAACUGCUGUUGUACAUAUACAGUUCUAUAGAAGGGAGGGUGAAUCUAUUUAUUAUGUUUGUAAAAUUUAUUCUGUACAACUGCAGAUGAAGGUUGCUUUUUUGUCUUACUGAAUAUUGUUUUAAAUACCACGCUUAGGAUUUGAUUAGACAACUGUUAUUUGAUCUCUUAAGUUUUAAUAUUUUACCUUUGCAAAAGUCUUUAAUUAAAGUUAUUUUAAAAAUC